CCGGAGCGGAAGGAAGGAAUCAGGCGCCUCCUCGCAGACGCCCCCAGGGGCUCCCGUCCGCCCUGAGGCUCCCCUGAGUUCGCCAGGCCCCAGGGCUCUGUGGGGCGGGCUCCCGGCCAGGCGCGGUCGGGACGCCCGCGGGUCUCCAGGUUCCGGGCAGCGCGCAGCGCGGGUUCGCGGCGGCUCAUCCAUCUUCGCGACCCGGCCUGGCAGCGCCGCGCUCCGCUCGGAGGACACUCGGUUGCAGAGUCCCGCGGGGGGAGGGACGAGGGGACCCUCAGCCCCGUCCUCGGACCCAGAUUGAGCAGGGGAGAGUGGGAGCUGAGCUGGGGCCGGCGCAGGGCCCGGGGCUCCUCUCUGGGCACAAACCCUUUAGGACACGCUCUCUCAGGGGCUGAGUGGCCUCGAGCCUUGCCAAUCAGCAGUUCCGUGCACCCCGCUUGCUCUGGGGUGCGUCAAAUGUCAGCAGAGAGCUGCUCAGAUGGGGUCACCAGACGCCUUCUCCUCCCUUUCCUGGAGCCCGCGGGUUGCGCAAUAAACCAACCCCAGCCGGACGCUGCGCUCCUAUAAAUAGAGCGCGUGUGCCCGCUUCGCGUUCUCCGGGCUGCGCGAGGAACGAGAAAGUUGUGCGCAGGGACCGGGGGAGGGAGGCUGGGCAGGAGAGAACCCCGCCGGACCAGCCGCCCUGCACGCUGCGCCCUGCGCCCUGGAACUGAUCCCGCGAACCUGCGCUUUCGGAGCCCGGGACCCGGCUAGCUGCUGCCUACCUCCCUACCUCUGGGUGACACCAGGUUUGAGGGAAUUUUGGACCAAGCAAAAGUGGGAGUCACUGGCAUCCUGGCCAUGAACACAGCCUCGCGUUCUUCUCAGCCUGGGAAACACCUUCUGCCUCCGUAACUCGUCCCUGCCGCAAGCCAGACAGGACUGGCACCCGCUCCGCUGGGCACCUGCCACGCUUGUGGCUUCCCUUUGAGUCCCUUUUUCUGUUCCUGCUCCGUGGUUUACCUGGUGGUGCUUGAGUUUGGGGUGAUAAUUUAUUAUUAUUAUUAUUUGCUUUGAGGUGUGAAUGUGAGGCUUUGGUGACUUUUCGAUGUCUAGGAACAAGGGUGGGCACAAGGGCCCUAGGCAGGGCUGAUUCUUGGGCAGAGGAGGGUAGGAUCAGGGGUUCUGCAUGAGCUCCUUAAAGGACAAAGGUAACAGAGCCAGCGAGAGAGCUCGAGGGGAGGCUCUGACUUCAAGCCACAGAAUUGGUGGAAGUGUGCGCGCCGCCGGCGUCGUUCCUGCAGCGCUGUCGACCUAGCCGCUGGCAUCUCCCCGAGCACCGGGAUCCCGGGGUAGGAGGCGACGCGGGCGAGCACCAGCGCCAGCCGGCUGCGGCUGCCCACGCGGCUCACCAUGGGCUCCGGGCGCCGGGCGCUGUCCGCGGUGCCGGCCGUGCUGCUAGUCCUCACGCUGCCGGGAUUGCCCGUCUGGGCGCAGAACGACACGGAGCCCAUCGUGCUGGAGGGCAAGUGUCUGGUGGUGUGCGACUCGAACCCGGCCACAGACUCCAAGGGCUCCUCUUCCUCCCCGCUGGGGAUAUCGGUCCGGGCGGCCAACUCCAAGGUCGCCUUCUCGGCGGUGCGGAGCACCAACCACGAGCCAUCCGAGAUGAGCAACAAGACGCGCAUCAUUUACUUCGAUCAGAUCCUGGUGAAUGUGGGUAAUUUUUUCACAUUGGAGUCUGUCUUUGUAGCACCAAGAAAAGGAAUUUACAGUUUCAGUUUUCACGUGAUUAAAGUCUACCAGAGCCAAACUAUUCAGGUUAACCUGAUGUUAAAUGGAAAACCAGUAAUAUCUGCCUUUGCGGGGGACAAAGAUGUUACUCGUGAAGCUGCCACUAAUGGAGUCCUACUCUACCUAGAUAAAGAGGAUAAGGUUUACCUAAAACUGGAGAAAGGUAAUUUGGUUGGAGGCUGGCAGUAUUCCACAUUUUCUGGCUUUUUGGUGUUCCCCCUAUAGGAUUCAAUUUCUCCAUGAUGUCUAUCCAGGUGAGGGAUGACCCACUCCUGAGUUAUUGGAAGAUCAUUUUUUCAACAUUGGAUUGAUGUCUUUUAUUGGUUUCUCAUGGGUGGAUAUGGAUUCUAAGGAUUCUAGGCCUGUCUGAACCAAUACAAAGUUUCACAGAUUAUUUGUGUGUGUGUGUUUCAGCAUAUUUGGAUUGGGACUCUAAGCAGAUAAUACCUAUGCUUAAAUGUAACAGUCAAAAGCUGUCUGCAAGAUUUAUUCUGAAUUUAAUUUCCUGGGAUUACUGAAUUUGUUACAGAUGUGGAAUUUCAUUUGUUUAGUUUCGAAGGACUGGCAACUGGGUCUAAGCAUUAGAAAAGUCUAAAGUUCUGACUUCGAUCAACAGUUAGUGUGAUACUGCCAAAGAACUGUAUACUGUGUUAAUAUAUUGAGGAUAUUUGUUUUUAUUCCUUUGGAAUUAGUUUGUUUGGUUCUCGUAAAAAACUGGGACUUUUUUUUUUCAGUAACUGGCAUUGUGUUUUCUCUAAAAAGAAGGUAAUGAAUGGCUUGCCCACAAAUUUACCUUGACUAUGAUAUCAUCAACAUGACUUCUCUCAAAAAAAGAAUGCUUCAUAGUUGUAUUUUAAUUAUAUAUGUGAAAGAGUCAUAUUUUCCAAAUUAUAUUUUCUAAUAGGAAAAAUAGAUCAUAAAUCUGAAAAGGAAAAAGUUGCUUACCCGAAAUCUAAGUGUUCAAUCCCCAAGCCUCGGCAAAACAGCCCUGCUCCGAGGGAAACCUUAUACUUUAUUGCUCAACUGUAAUUAACAUGAUUAAUAAUAACCACUUUAUUAAAAACCUAAGGUUUUUUUUUUCUUUAGACAUGACCACUUUGUUAACUGGUGGUGGGAUGCUGUUAUUUCUAAUUAUACCUAUUUUUCAAGCCUUCCGUUGUAUUUGAAGUAUCAUCUGGUUUUGCCUUAACUCUUUAAAUUGUAUAUAUUUAUCUGUUUAGCUAAUAUUAAAUUCAAAUAUUCCAUAUCUAAACUUAGUGCAAUAUCUUAUUUUGUCUUUUGUAUAGGUCAUAUGAAUUCAUAAAAUUAUUUAUGUCUGUUAUAGAAUAAAGAUUAAUAUAUGUUA